AGUCACCACCCUGUAUAUGAAUUGAAAAAUAUGAUUAGAUAACUUUUGAUAUAAAAGGUACAAAAAUGAAUUUGAAUCUUCAUCGACUAGGUAGCACCUACUUACAAAUUUAUACAAGAUGUUAUUAAAACUUGAAACAAAUGUUAAACUACAAUUUUUUUCAAAUAAUAUUUAACACUAUCUAUGUAUUAAUAAAUUUCAGAAAACGAGACUCAGGAAAAUGGCUGAGUCAACAGCCAUCCCCAUGACAACAAAUGAGGAGAUUGACGCAGUAGAUGUGGGUGAUAAUACAAUGGAAAUAAUAGCCUAUGUGGAUUCCAUUGAGGGAAUAAAAUAUGUGAGCAAAAAUAAAGCUCUUUUGAAGUUUAUUAUAAACAAUGGCACUGGCAGAAGAAUAAGAGUCUUAGCGUGGGAAGAGAAUGCGAAAAGUUAUGAAAAUAAACUUUCGAUCCACCAGAUUAUACACAUCCAACGUGGACUCUUUCUUCGGGUCAAUCCAAACUACUUCCGUAAAGAGGAAAACUUGAUUCCGUUUGAGAUUUCAUUGACUAAGAAUUCAAAAGUUGACUUCUUAGGAAAAUAUGCAACAGAAGCACGUGAAAUGUGUAAAGUUGUCUCAACCACAAUCAAAGAUUGUGCUUCUAUUGAAGGGAAAUUGAGUCUAGAUGCGUAUAUUAAAGUGACUUUUGAACCAGAAACCACAAGCCACAGCUCAUAUGGCAGUGGUGCCAUCAUGGAAGGCAUAUACAAACUAAGGGUCCGCAUAAGUCACUUCCAUCAAAAUCCGGCCUUAGUUGAAGGGGCCCAUAUAAGAUUGAUUGGGGAAAUAAAAAAAGAUAGAUAUGAUUCGAUAUAUCUACAAGUUGCGGAUAAUAAUGACAUUACGGUUAUUGACGACAAAGUUCUCUCCAAAGAAACAUUGCGUGGUGGAAUCCACACACCGCGAAAAAGGCCACUGCAAGAUGCUAACGACAACGGUGAAGAAAUAGUAGAAAAAUCACCUCGAAUGAAUUUGAAUGAUGGUGCCUUUAAUACAAGUCUUUCACAGGGAUCUUUUGACUUUGAAAACGAAUUCCAAAAUUAAGUCAGAUUGCGAUCUUGAAGAAUUUGAAGAUGAAUAUGCACAGUCAGUUUUCUUAUUGUUUCAGAAUAUAUUUUUAUUUUUCAACCUAAAUUUGAAUGUUAUCUAUUUCAUUUUUGCUAAUAAAUUUUGACAAAUGUUUUAAAU